AAUGACUCUAGGUUGGCCACAGGCUUGGCCACUCGUAAGGUUAUGUGUCGCAGAGUUUAUGUGACUGUUAUUAUACAACCGGAAAAUGUAACUGAUUUAUAUAGGCAAGUAAAUCAACAAAUAAAUCAUUAAUUAUGUACAAAAUAUAUUUAUGCGUGGAUGGAAAGAAAGAUUAGAGAGGAUCUUCGUUUUGUUUAAUCUCAAGAGACAUAAGACGCAAUAAUCUCUUUUGUUCGGCAUUGAAUUAUCGAUCCGCUUUCGCGGACGGCAUCGCGACGCAACGAGCACAACUUCGACAUUUGUGUGACGUACAAGAAGAAGCUAUGUUUCGUGGGGCACAACUUAUUUUUUCGAUUUCUGUUGCGAUUAUCCACUGUGCGUGCGGUGACAAUGAAGCGAUCAAGAUGCAUGAAAAAAGAUACGUUGGCGCGAGCAGCUACCAGAUGUGCCUCGAAAGUUUUGACGUUCACAAAGAUAAUAUUAUCAAAACCCAGGACUCUCGUAAUAUGGGUGCUACGUAUUUGAGCGUGAUGGAUGUUGAUUCCCAAUUGGAUUGUCUGAAAUAUUGCUGCGAAACUGAGCGGUGUGAUGUGUUCAUUUUUGAAGAGAAGAAACCAGGUAGUUGCUAUCUCUUUGAAUGUGGUCCACUCCAUGACUUUAAGUGCAAAUUUACAAGACAUGCUAACUACACCAGUGCUGUACGUACCAAUUAUCCUAUACAGAAUAUACAAACAGAAGAAGAAAUUAGGAUAUCUCAACAGGAACAUGAGUUGAAAUCACUUAGGAAAAAUAGCGACAUUACUUCAGAUUACGGGUUUACAGAGGCUUCCAUCAAAUCUAUAGUUACACAGAUACCAAAAGUAAUAUCAACUACUCCUGUGCCAAUUAAACCAGCUUGCACCAGAAAUCAAUACGAAUGUCGUUCGUCCGGGGACUGUAUAGCUAUAUACAACGUUUGCGACGGCAUUCCACAAUGUGCAGACGGCUCUGACGAGGCGGCCGAUCUCAUAUGUCCCACGGAGAAGCCAGUGGUAGUACCCCCGAUGAUACAAGCGCCGCGUCCACCCGCUGACAUUAUGAGGUAUCAACACAUCAUCGAUCAGCACAAACCGCCGCCCCUCGCUCCAUUCUACUCCGCUGGGCCAGAGAUUAGUCCUAAAAGCUGGGAAAUGUCUGGUAAUACGGCCCAUCAAAUGUCGCAGCCACAAAAUAUCCUGUAUCCAGGUCAGCCAGUGGAAAUACAGAUGCAGAUGCAUAAAAAUUAUGAAUCGCCGGGUUACCGGUGGGACUAUCAGCCAUUAUACGACCAAAGCAAGGAGCCGUAUGUUCCUGUAAAUUCAUUCCACGAUCAGAAUAUAAAUCCCUACGAACAGCAAUCGCAUAUAUUUAACCACAAAGGCUCGAGCGUCCUAGGAAACAAUGAAGCGGAUAGAGGUCUUUACAUGGAUUCUAAGCAUCCGUAUACCUCGCAUUUCUCAUCCUCGAAUAAAGGAGCUUGGCAGGAGAAUCAGAUGCUGUUGUCACCAUCUGCACCUCCUGUAUCAGAUUCCGAACACAAGCAAAUCGAUAAUGUAGAAAACACUGCGAAAACCACAACAACGCCUGCCUGUGAGACCUCUGAAGAACAUAAAACUGAACUGACACAGAGCAAGGAAUUGGAUAAAAAGGAAGAAAAAGUAGAAACACAUUUGGCUCAUGCAAAGCAUACGAGCAAACAAGUGACCGAAAAGCCAAAAUUGUCAGCGAGUAAUGACUAUGUUACUAAACAUAGUCAUUCGAAAGACACGAAAGAUUUAGAUCAUAAAAGCGUAAUUGUGAUUGAGGAGCAUGCCAGAACGCGCGAAAGAACCGACAUUAUUUCGGAACGUGUUCAAAUAAUCGAAAACGACCCUAAAGGAGCUGUGGUGUCGUUGACGUUGGGUCUUAUAGCGACUGUAAUCGCGGUUUUCUUAAUUAGUUGCGGUUUUAACGUAGUGAGGAGACGGCGUGGAAGAUGUGGACACGGACCUUACGCGCAUGAUGCCGAUUAUUUGGUCAACGGAAUGUACUUAUAAGUAGUAAAGUAGGAAGAAAAAUUUAGUCUUACAUCUAGUCAUAAUCUAGUCGUUUGAGCAUAUCUAUCAUUUUCACACUAUUGUAAGUAUUUCCAUAAUUGUGCUCUAGAGCGGUGAGAUUUUUAACGAUGUUCGCGCUUGAGCAAAAUGAUAUAUAUAUAUUCCUUGAAAGUAAAUGUAAUUAUAUUAUGACAUGCUUACUUGCGUCGUAUAAAAUUACAAAUGUUUCUGUGCUUGAAAUUACUGACAAUAGAGUGUCUUUUAAUAUAAAGAUACAAUAAUUGAUAAAAAACUUAUAAACUAUCGAUCUCUCUGUAUAUUCACCACAUUUCCACUCUUCUUAUCGAAAUAAUUGUUGCGAUGAAGAUCGAAAUUCUCAUAGGAAUAUAACGCAAUACGAUCGAUUACGAGAACAAGUUUAAAUUGUUUUUUUCAUUCGAAAAUAUUGUAGGUAACAAUAUGUAUAUAUAUUUACAGAAUACGAGAUUAUUCAUACUUUGUGUUGGACGUAGAAACCGCUAGUAAAACAUCUAUUAUUAUCCUUAAUACAUAUAUAUUGUUAUACAUGAAUUCAAACUACUAUUUUAUAGAUAUAUUUCAAUUAUAUAAACAACAGUGAAAACUAAUAAAUGAUCUUUUUAUUUAUUAA